CCCUGGCGUCCCAGCGCUUCCUUAUUCCCAGAUUUGCAGAACUGGGGCGAGCUGGGAAGCUGGCCCCUAUGGCUUCCAAUUGCCGAGCAGGGACCGGGGCGGAGCCACCCUGGCCAGAGCGAGCGAGCGAAAGCAGGCGUAUGUUCCCCACGGGUAGAGGUUGGAAGUUCGUGGAGGAGCAUAGCUGCGUUCGUGGAGCUGAGCACGAAGGCGCGAAUGCCCAUUUUCGGGCUAGGGACCUGGCAGGCACUUCCUGGAAAAGUAGGAGAUGCAGUGAAAUUUGCCAUUGACCUUGGAUACCGCCACAUCGACUGUGCCCACUAUUACAGCAAUGAGGAUGAGAUUGGGAAUGCCAUCCAGCAGAAAAUCAAGGAAGGGACAGUGAAAUGGGAUGAGCUCUUCAUUGUCAGCAAGGCUGGAGAGGACCUCAAGCCUCGCGAUGAGAAGGGUAUGAUUAUCCCCAGCAACACAGAUUUUCUGGACACAUGUGCGGCAAUGGAGGAGCUGAUGGACUGCGGCCUGGUGAAAGCCAUUGGGAUCUCCAAUUUCAACCAUGAUCAGACUGAGAGGCUCUUGAAGAAACUGGGCUUGAAGCACAAGCCUGUGAACAGCCAGAUUGAGUGCCACCCAUACCUUACCCAGGAGAAGCUGAUCCACUAUUGCCAGUCCAAAGGGAUCUCUGUGACUGCUUACCGGCCUUUUGGCGCCCAUUCUCUCAAGCCAGGGGACCCUAUCCUGUUGGAGGACCCCACAAUUAAAGAGAUUGCUACAAGGCACCACAAGAGCAUAGCUCAGGUUCUGAUCAGGUUUCACAUCCAAAGGAAUGUGGCUGUCAUUCCCAAGUCAGAAAAACCACACCGCCUAGAGGAGAAUUUCCAGGCUUUUGACUUUGAAUUGACUAAAGAGGAGAUGGCGACCCUCCUUGGCUUGAACAGAAACUGGAGAGAUUGUGUGAUGGCUGAUUGUGUCAAUCACAAAGACUACCCAUUCAAAGCUGAUUACUAGAGUUGGUGCUGACCUGGGAACUCUGGGUACAAAAGUCUUUGGGACUCCUGCAUCAUGAAGCUUUACCACAUGGUGUCCAUUCUGUCAACCAUUUUGGUCCCAUUCCCCCCGGUGCCACAGAAGGGAAGCAUGCACAGGAGAAAUGAACCACCAAAUUGAGGAAUUCACAGAAGCAACGUGUGUGGAUGUUGGAAAAUGCUCCCUCCUUCUCUUCCCCACCUCUCCCCAAACCCCACUGUAGUUCCAUAGUUGUUGGCCAAGUCCAACCAUAUGGAAGAUGGGACCCAUACGGAAGAUUCUCAUUGGUUGUGAUUCUUUUGCCUUUUUCAUUAAAGAAUUAAUUAGU